GGUCACGGCACCGGACGUUAGCGGUGACAACUCCAGUGACGUCAUUCGGCCGGGGAUUCUGCUGACAGCAAGGGAUCAAGAUGCCUCGAAUAGACAACGACAUCAAGUUGGAUUUUAAGGACGUUUUGUUAAGGCCAAAGAGAAGUACUUUGAAGUCACGUAGUGAGGUGGACCUAUCACGUUCAUUUACGUUCAGAAACUCUGGUCAGACUUAUAAUGGCAUCCCAAUCAUUGCAGCCAACAUGGAUACUGUUGGUACUUUUGAAAUGGCACGAGCCCUAUGCAAGUUUUCUCUUUUCACAGCAAUACAUAAACACUACUCUGUUGAAGAUUGGAAAGAGUUUGCUGCCAGCUCUCCAGAUUGCCUCGAUAACGUGGCUGUGAGCUCUGGAACAGGGCAGUCAGAUUUCCAGCAUGUUGAAGAAGUCCUGUCUGCUGUACCUCAAGUUCGUUAUAUCUGCCUGGAUGUUGCUAAUGGAUACUCUGAGCAGUUUGUGCAACAUGUGAAGGAUGUCAGAGCUAGAUUUCCAAAACACACAAUCAUGGCAGGAAAUGUUGUUACAGGCGAGAUGGUUGAGGAACUUAUCUUGUCAGGAGCAGAUAUCAUCAAAGUUGGAAUUGGACCAGGAUCUGUCUGCACUACCCGGAAAAAGACCGGAGUUGGAUACCCACAACUGAGCGCUGUCAUUGAAUGUGCAGAUGCAGCUCAUGGACUAAAUGGCCAUAUCAUAUCAGAUGGUGGCUGCUGUUGCCCAGGGGAUGUGGCAAAGGCUUUCGGAGCUGGAGCAGAUUUUGUGAUGCUAGGAGGCAUGAUGGCUGGGCACACAGAGUCCGGAGGUGAAACCAUAGAGAAGAAUGGGAAAACAUAUAAACUGUUCUAUGGUAUGAGUUCAGAGACAGCCAUGAAGAGGCAUGCAGGAGGAGUGGCUGAGUACAGAGCUUCUGAGGGGAAAACAGUAGAAGUUCCUUACCGAGGAGAUGUGGAAGAAACAGUUCGAGACAUACUCGGUGGGAUUCGUUCUACUUGCACAUAUGUUGGAGCUGCAAAACUGAAAGAGCUGAGUCGUAGAACAACAUUCAUUAGAGUGACUCAGCAACUGAACCCAGUAUUCAACAACCCCUAAAAAUGACAGCCUUAAGACAUAUAUAAUCAAAUUCAUAAAAUAUUGCCAUUCCAUUUAAAGAAAUACUAUAGCGUUAGGUAUACAAGCUUGCAUUCCUUACGCUAUAUGUAGUGUUUUCCUCACUAGUUAGAUGCCGUCACCCCUCAUUAAAACAGUGAAAACUUUUUUUUUUUUAAACUUUCUUCCCAGCGCGACUUCCUGACUUCACCUAAUUCAGUGCCCUUGUUUGGGGUGAGAUGCAUGUACCUCCCUCAUCCAAUCAAAAUCUUUUCAUGGGGAAGCAUUGAACCAAAGUGUCCUUUUGUUGCGCCUUCACCAACAAUGAUAUCCCAGGUUCUUAGAAUCAUGUAUACAAAAUGAAUUGUAAUAAUAAUAUAUACACCUCAAUGAAUACCCCAGAGAGGGAGGGGGAGUGGCUCCAGAAACACUACAACAAAGUGUAGUGGUUUUGGUGUCUGGAGUGUUUUAAAGCUAACUUGUAGAGUGCCAUUUGUGCUUCUCCACGUACUACUAAGAAUGCAAACUACCUAAACCUAGGACUGCAUUAAAAUACUCAGAAGCUAGUGAAAAAAAUAUGCAUAUUCAUUUAACAUACACAUGCACUGAUUUUACCCAAGAGUUUGUAACGCAGCUAUUUUUCGCUCCAGAUGACAGGGCAGACGUAGCGGAGUUAAGUAUGAACUCGAUGGUGAGCUGCUACAAUUAAACAUGGAACUUGCUGUUAAGUGUUUAAACUCAGCAUGUGGUUACAUGACCACACUGGGACACUGAACUAUUUCUAACUCCAGUUCACUCCCACUUGCGUGUUUUAAGAUAUUCACAGUUUUAGUUGCUGCCUCUCACUUCUUAUAAUACAUAUCAAAAUCCACCACACUUUGUGCAUUCCAGUGUUAGGACCAAAAGCUGUUUUGUUUUUGUUGCAUUUCAGUGUAUGGGAUUAUUUUGAAUAAAACAGUCAUUUUAACUAUA